UGAACUAGGCAGGGCCUUGCCGCUGAUGGUAGUUUAGGUUGGAUUUUAGUACGGUAUUUCAUCCUUUUUCAGUCUUUUGGAUAUAUAUUUCUGCUGUAAACCAUGGCAGACGACGAAUUAGAGGCAAUUAGGCGGCAAAGAAUGGCGGAACUACAGGCAAAGCGCGGGGAUGCUUCAAAUAAUCAGCAAGGAGAGGAGGCCAAACAGAGAGAAACAGACAUGAGGAACUCUAUAUUGGCUCAAGUUCUAGACCAGUCUGCCCGUGCCAGAUUGAGCAAUCUUGCUUUGGUGAAGCCAGAGAAGGCCAAUGCAGUGGAAAACUAUCUCAUUCAAAUGGCUCGUAUGGGGAAUUUAGGUGGAAAGAUUUCGGAGGCAGGCUUGAUCGAGAUCCUGGAAAAAGUCAGUCAGCAAACAGAGAAAAAGAUGACCGUCAAAUUCAACAGACAGAGGGUGAUGGACUCAGAUGAUGAGGAUGAUUAUUAACUUUAAACUGAAGCCCUGGAAUGAGCCAAUAAAUCGAGAGAGGAUAUGCUUUGUAGGGAUUCUGACAGCACCUUUUACAAGCAUAUUCCUGUUAACCGAAUUCUGGGAUGCCACACUAGCGUCUGUGUGUCUCUGGAAACUACAUACCAAGAGGGAAAAACAAGGAUGUGAGGUUGACAUCGUGACAUAAGUGGUGUGGGGUAGAAUGCACAUACUGUCAAAUAAGGUGUUCUUUUUUGGUCUCUUUUCAAUCAAGUUGCUACAGAGUUGCUACGCUUGUGUUGCACCCCUGAUAACUCAUGGCACUGUGUUACUCCUCUUGUCCCUCUCAGUAGUUAUUCUUUUUCUUUUUAUUUUAUCAUGGUUGACUUCUGUUCUUCAAGAGGCUAGACAAAAUGCAAAACAUACUGCUGUUGAUGCAUUUUAUCUAGUGAUUACAAUACAUUGUUCUCUAUUCAGGGCCAAUGUCCCAUUAGCCCUGGUUGUUGCACUUGGAUAUUUUCUUUUUGCUGACAUGUAUCUUAAAGGUUUACAUAAAAAUAAAAAAAGCCUAAAAAGCCUUAAAUCCACAUGCUUGUUUUUCUAGUGAUCGAUUUCUAAAAUGAUCAGUAAUAACCCAACCCUUUUGCAAAGGUUUCCAUUUUGGGGUUUUACACAAACUGUCUUCCACUGAGCUGAACAGAGAAACUCUGUAUCCUCACCAUCACAGAAAAGGUUAACUUAAUGUUUCUGUAUGGAUGAGUUACUAUUUUUUAUUUUUACUGAAUCAACCAUUUCAAUUUUUGGUUUUCAUUCUCAGAAACAAGGGUUAACAGGUUUCAAAAUGUAUCUGACUACUUUUAAAAUAAAAAGCAUGAAGGGGAAAUGUGA